AUUUAAUCUUACCUACUCGAUGAGUCGAUGCUCACGGCCCUCUCUCACCUAGAACAACUUGAACACUCGAGGUUAAAUUCUUCAUAAGAAUUUUGGUUGUUGGCAUUCAUCCUGAUUCCUCUGACCCGCAUCCCGACUCCAAAAAGCGUACAGCUUUCCUACUGACAAAGAUUUCAAUCAGCAGAUGAUCCAUGGCGCUCUCCAGGCUUCGUCAUCCCAUUAUCCGUCGAGCGCCUUCCCUCCUCAGAGCUCGCCUCCUUUCGUCUUCCAACUUCCGCAGUUCUGAGGUGCUAAAUCAUAUUCCCGAAGUUACUUCCACAAGGCCUAUACAUUUUCUUAUGUUCAAUGGAGUUGAUCACAAUUCAUCCAAGUUAAUGGUUAGACUACCAAGUGGCGUCAGAUGUUUCUCAUCAGCGGAAAAUCCUCCCCAUACUGUUUUAACAAUGCCAGCUCUAUCACCUACAAUGAAUCAAGGGAAUAUUGUCAAGUGGAGGAAGAAAGAAGGGGACAAGAUAGAAGUGGGGGAUGUCAUGUGUGAGAUAGAGACUGACAAGGCUACACUUGAGUUUGAAAGUCUUGAAGAAGGAUUUCUGGCAAAGAUACUGAUGCCUGAAGGAACAAAGGAUGUGCAUGUUGGUCAGCCCAUAGCCAUAACGGUUGAAGAUGCAGAUGAUAUACAGAAAGUACCUGCUACACUAAAAGGUGAUUCAGAAGUUGGAGAUACGGCAUCUGGGCAACCAAAGGCCGAUGCAGUUCCUGAAUCAACUACUGCUAGCAUUAACACAUCUGACCUUCCUCCACAUAUUGUUCUUGAAAUGCCAGCAUUAUCCCCAACCAUGAACCAAGGCAACAUUGUUAAGUGGAGAAAACAGGAAGGAGAAAAGAUUGAGGUUGGUGAUGUUCUAUGUGAGAUAGAAACUGACAAAGCAACCCUGGAAUUUGAAAGCCUUGAAGAAGGAUUCUUAGCCAAAAUAUUGGCCCCGGAAGGCUCAAAAGAUGUUUCUGUAGGGAUGCCUAUUGCAAUAACAGUUGAGGAUGCUGAUGAUAUUGUAGCUGUGAAAGCAUCAUCAAUCAGUGGCAAUAAGGAGGUAAAGGAAGAGAAGCCUAUCCAUCAGGACUCUACAAUUGAAGUUAGACAGCAGAAAAAGGGCUUCAACAGAAUAAGUCCUGCUGCAAAGAUGUUAAUUUCAGAACACAGGUUAGAUGCAUCAUCAAUUCCAGCUUCUGGUCCUCGUGGGACUCUAUUAAAAGGAGACGUUUUAGCUGCGAUAAAGUCUGGAAAAGGAUCUUCCCGGAUUUCCUCUGUUAAAGCGGCAAUGCCGUCAUUACCUCAGACCCACCAUCUUACUGCUUCACCAGAAUCGCCAGGACAAAAAUUUGAUUUGAAGCAACCAGGUUCUUAUGAAGAUUUUCCUAACAGUCAGAUUCGCAAGGUGAUAGCAGCAAGGCUGUUGGAAUCAAAGCAUUCCACACCUCAUUUAUAUUUAUCCACAGAUGUUAUAUUGGAUCCUCUUAUUUUCUUCAGAAAGGAGCUUAAAGAGAAGUAUGAUGCUAGAGUCUCAGUAAAUGAUAUUGUCAUUAAAGUUGUUGCUGUUGCUCUAAAAAAAGUUCCAGCUGCGAAUGCAUACUGGGAUGACGUAAAAGGUGAGGUGGUGUCAUGUGACUCGGUUGACAUAUCUAUUGCAGUUGCUACUGAAAAGGGAUUGAUGACUCCUAUUAUUAGGAAUGCAGAUCAGAAAUCGAUAUCUUCUAUAUCCUUAGAGGUCAAGGAACUUGCUGAAAAGGCAAGGGGCGGAAAGCUUAAACCCAAUGAAUUCCAAGGCGGCACUUUCAGCAUUUCAAACUUGGGGAUGUUUCCGGUGGACCGUUUUUGUGCAAUCAUUAACCCUCCACAGGCUGGCAUACUUGCUGUUGGUAGGGGAAAUAAAGUUGUUGAGCCUAUUGUUGGCUCUGAUGGAAUCGAAAAGCCCAGUGUUGUCACAAAAAUGAAUCUGACACUAUCUGCUGAUCAUCGCGUGUUUGAUGGAAAGGUUGGAGGGGAAUUCCUUGCAGCUCUGAACUCAAACUUUAGUGAUAUUCAAAGGCUUCUUCUAUGACACGGUUCUAUUUAUUUUUUUCCACACACAAAACAAGUCAUACUUCAUUGGAUCUUAGGCGAAUUGGUUGCCUAAGGUAGUUUGUGGCGAGAUUGUCACUGGUUCAGAACAUAAAUCAUCUUUAAAAAAAUAAGCUUGAGCCUGUGCAUUGGAACCACACACAGACUUACAACCUUACUUUUGAUGUCCCAUUUUAUUUAUUUAUUUAUAUUCUUGUAUAAGGUCCAAGUUGGAGAGGCCAUUAUAAUGUUGGUAUUGACCGCACGACCAUUUUAACGAAACUGGGAAGCCAAAUAAUGAUCAGAGAUGAUAAAACCUGUGAGCCAUCCAAGAAGUUAUGAGUGAUGAUGAUAGAAUAGAGGUGAUGAAAUGUAUUAAUGUAUUAGAGAGACAGCUCAGUUUUAUGCAUCAGUGAUCAGUAACAGAGAUGAUGCAUCUUUUAGGACAACUCAUGGAAGUUUAUCAGGAAAAAGAAUUACAUUUUGUUUAUAAAUUACAAAUUUGCAUAUGCCUCUGGUAAGGUAGCAUGUGAAGUUCUCAGUGUCUGAUAAAGAACAACGUGUCCUUAUAAUGUAUUCAUAUGAGUAUGGAUGUUUUUACUUGGACUGUAAUUUGCUGGUCUGGUCUGGUAAUGUCUGGUUUCUUUGUAUUUUUAUAACUAUCCAAGUCUGGUCUGAACUGGUCUGGUCUGGGACAAAUUACAGUCCAAGUAAAAACAUCCUAUAUGGCCAAAAAUAUGUACACGAGGAUUAGAAAUUGUGAGGGUGACAAUGCUAGAUUGGGCAAGAUUUUCCUAUAAUGAUUCAUUCAACCAAGAAUUAGGUGUUGUGCCCGAUCCUAUUUGUGUCUGGUCAUAGAUGAGCUACUUAUGAAUGGCCAAGAUGGCGUCUUGGGUUUUAUGCUGAAGUGCGGUGUUAGUGAAAGCGAAGAAAGGCUAUGUGAUAAGUUGGCGUGUGGAAUUUAUGUAGGAAUAUAUCAUACUAGAUUACUAGCUCUAUUAUGAAUAUAUCCAUCCUAGCUCUACAAGUGAGGAUGGAUUUGUUAAACACGAUUAAUGAUGGAAAUAUGCAUGCUAAGACAUUUAUGCUCCAAGAGUCCAAGAGACUAAGACUAUAAAAGGAGUUAGGCGAGCUAGAAAAUUCACUGGAAGAUGG